CAUCCAGUUCAACUUCCCAGGUGGUCCCCGCCCCAGGUCUCGCCACGGCAUCCACCUGAUGCCCGUUGGCCCUCUUUACGGUGCUUCAUCGGUAUGUCAUCCCACAUCUAGCGGAUGGAUGGAUGUCUCCUAUCCACAGGCUGGCUGAGCUGCUAACGGUCCAAAGCAAUACACGUCUUCAUCCGUCCCGUCACCCGUCUCGCCGUCGAGAAGCAUGAGUCCCUUAGACGGCAGUCUCUAUCCAGACAUGGAGAUCCCUCUCCCAGACGAUCCCUUCGACGCCUUGGCAGGCAUGUCGUUCCAGUUCGAUGAAGACCACACUCAAUUCCCGAUGGAUGGCGGCGUGGACACGUCCCCCCUGCGAGUCCCCCCAGUUCAGUCGCGCGGGGCGGGUGCCGUGGACGAGCUCAAUGUGGACCUCGACCGACUCGCAAGCACAGUGCAAUCCAGACUCCCACGGCACGAGAUCACCCAGCUAUACGAGAUGAAAGACCUGCUUCGAGUGACCUUCAGCAGACUGGAAGGCAUGAUCCAGCACCAGAUCGACACCCUAGACCACUCCCCCGUCAGCCCGAGCAACGGGGCCCGGUAUCUGUGCUAUCUGUGUCCUCCGCAGCACCGCAAGAUGUACGGCGCUCGGGGGACGUUCAGACGCCAUGUGGCCUACAGACAUCGCCCCGAGUUCAUAUAUCACUGCCUCGACGAUAACUGUCUCUGGAAAUCGACCAGGCGGGAUAAAGUCUAUUGCCACAUGAGGACUAAUCACAGAUAUCCGUGGAGGAUCACGCGAGAGCAGAUUGCCUUGGCGGAGAGGAGAGUCGCCGCGCCGAGUGUUUGUGGGCUGUGCCCGAAUGGCGUGAGCUGCUGGGCGGAUUACUUCAAGUGUGUUUCCGAGCAUUGUCGCAUCCAGGGCAAUAGUUCGACGAGCUCGAGUGCGAGCCAGAGUCGAUGGGGGAGUGAUUAUCGUGGCGCGGGCGGAGGGUUUGGCUCUUAUGGGUCUCAGUUUCCGGACGGUUUUGGGGGAAAUGGUUCCCACUCCUUGUUCUCCCAUGGGACUGGUAAUGCGGGCCUGGGAUUCUUCGCUCCCGGGCAGAAUCCUGGAUCUUAUGGUAAUGGGUAUUCGGCCUGCGUGGACGAAGUGAAUGGGCCUGAAGAUAGAUCGAUACAGGGCCAUUCUGCCAGUGCAGCUGACUCUGUAUCUCCGGUUUCAACACCGUAUUUCAGGGCCAGUGGCGAACCUGAGAUCGCCAGCCCGGUGCCAUCCAAUCUCGCAAGAUACCACUCAUCUUUGAUGCAGGGAGCAUUCCCGACGAACCAUCAAAACAUUGACCCAGUACAGAGCAAUGAUUCUCGAUCGUCUCAACCAGAUGAGUCAAAAACAGACGAGAGUCCUCGCUGGAUAUCACGGUCCCCGAACCGCGACAGAUCUCCCAAGCAAAAGCCUGGUCCCGAAAAAGACCAGCACGAGAAGCGAUGUGAAUCCUGCGGGCAUGAUUGUGAUAACUGCAACAUGUGCCAUUCGAAGGAGACCGUCUCUCAGUGUCAUAUGUGUGCAGACAUGGCUAGAGAAGCAUAUCAAGAACCAGAGCACUCGACAACCCGCGACUGGAUUCUCUAUGAGAAUGAGCCACCAGCCCCAACGAAGUGGGACCUGGACUCCCAGUUCCUAAUUCAAGCCGAUCGAUUGGGAGACCAUCGUGAUGUUACUUGUGACCUCCAGGAGCAAGUCGAUCCGGAGUUGGACAAGAGCCAUAGGUUUGAAAAUACGAUGCAAAAGACAUUGAAUGUCGACAGUUUGUUCUCGGGCCUUCCCGCGGGCCUUGUGUUUAACACCGCAAUAACACGUUCGGUGGCAAUGAAGCUACAUGCAUCUUUUCUUCAAGCAGUUUAUCCUGUUCUGGACGACACACAAAAGACGGUUAAGAUACCGCAUGACAAUGACUUACCUCUGACCAAAACGCGGACUAAGACUCCGUCUGAGACGCAGUUGCAACAUGUGACAUAUCGCGUCCUCUCUAUCUACGUCCCGCACGUCGAGCAGCUUUUCUUCGGCCAAAAAGGGCCGUCGGUGUCCUACGAGGCAGAUGUGUCCCACUCUGUAUCAUCUUUCUGUGGUGCGUGCAUGACCCUGUUUCACUUGGUAACUGAAUGGCUUGCUGAACGAUGACCAGAAACAGAAGGCCAGACAGAUACGACAGAGUCGGUCCUGACUAGACGGUAUCUUCGCUUU